AUGGCGAAAGUCAGAAAAUUAACCAUUAACUGUCCCACUGAUCGGAAGCGUCCGGUGUCCGCAGAGCAACCCGUGUCGUGGGCGCUGGUGGCGCCGUCGGUGACGCCGCGGCGCAUCCACCACAACAGCGCCAACAACCCCGGCCUGCGCCUCGUCAAGUUCGACACGGAGACCGGCGCCGUCAAGGACUACGCGCAGUACUACCUCGACCUGGCGGAGGCCAACCUGCGCGGCCAGGCCGAGUGGACGCACGAGUACAACUUCACGCAGUACUACCAACAGGAGGCCGUGACGGCCGACGCGCUGCACGCCGUCGCGCACUCCAUGCAGAACAACGUGCAGCUCUUCAAGAGAGAACACAGUCAUCGACUUUUGACCUUUAACCUACAUUCACCAUCUUACCCGCCCCCGCAUGAUAGUGGCGUGGGCCCUGAGCUGUGGGGCUUCGAGGGCAAACUGGCAGAGGGGGCAGGGCCGCAAGCAGAACGUCCAGAAAGGUAUCUCGACGCCAACUCGGCGAAGCUGCCCACGUCGUGCAACGACGGCUGCUACCGGGACCACUACUGCGCCAUGACCAAGAUCGACUACGAGGAGUUCUCGAACUGCGUGUCGUCGGCGGCGUCCGCCCUGGCGUCGGCCAACCCGUCUGCCCGCCGCCGGCCGUCGCCGUUGCUGUCGCCGCUGCUGCUGCUGCUGCUCCAGCUGGCGGCGGCGCUGCAGCUGCUGCGGCCGCUGCCCCCGCCGCCCCGCCCCGCCGCCCCCCGACGCUCCCGCCGGCCCUCCGCGCGCCGCCGCCGCGCCGCCCCCCGUCGCUGCGCCCCCUCGCCACCCCUCGCCGCGCUCGGCCGCCGCGCGCCCGCUGCCCCUGCCUAUAACGCGCCGGCCGCCCCGCCCCUCCCCUCCCCGCCCCGCCCAAGCCACGUCCCCAACCCCGGCCGCGCUCCACCCCAGCCACAGGCGCGUUCUGACCGGCGCCUGCAGCGCCGUCGCUGA